AGCCAAUGGCUACAGGGAUUAGCGGUAUAUAAAGCCAAUCUGAACUCUUCUCCACUGGGUGACCCCUAUUUCGGCUUUGGUGAACAGGAACUGAUCCCAAGGACUGUUGCCUCUUUUGUUGUCUCGUGUGCAGUGUCAGAAACGCAACCAUGCCUUUCGGAAACACCCACAACAACUUCAAGCUGAACUUCUCAGCUGAUGAUGAGUAUCCAGACCUUACCAAGCACAACAACCACAUGGCCAAGGCACUGACCAAGGAAGUCUACACCAAGCUGAGAGACAAGCAGACCCCCACUGGCUUCACCCUGGACGAUGUCAUUCAGACUGGUGUUGAUAACCCUGGUCACCCCUUCAUCAUGACUGUCGGCUGUGUUGCUGGUGAUGAGGAAUCCUAUGAAGUGUUCAAGGACCUCUUGGACCCAGUCAUCUCCGACCGCCAUGGUGGAUACAAGGCCACUGACAAGCACAGGACUGACCUGAACUUCGAGAACCUGAAGGGUGGUGAUGACCUGGACCCCAACUACGUUCUGAGCAGCCGUGUGCGUACUGGCCGCAGCAUUAAGGGAUACGCCCUGCCCCCCCACAACACCCGUGGAGAGCGCAGAGCUGUGGAGAAGCUUUCCGUUGAAGCUCUGAACAGCCUGGAUGGCGAGUUCAAGGGCAAGUACUACCCUCUGAAGUCCAUGACUGAUGCCGAACAGGAGCAGCUGAUUGCUGACCACUUCCUCUUUGACAAGCCCGUCUCCCCUCUGCUGCUGGCCGCUGGUAUGGCCCGUGACUGGCCUGAUGCCAGGGGCAUCUGGCACAAUGAGAACAAGACCUUCCUGGUCUGGGUGAAUGAGGAGGACCAUCUCCGCGUCAUCUCCAUGCAGAAGGGUGGCAACAUGAAAGAGGUCUUCAGGCGCUUCUGCGUCGGCCUGAACAGGAUUGAGGAGAUUUUCAAGAAGCACAACCAUGGCUUCAUGUGGAACGAGCACUUGGGCUACAUCCUCACCUGCCCCUCCAACCUGGGCACUGGCCUGCGUGGUGGCGUCCACGUCAAACUGCCCAAGCUCAGCGAGCACCCCAAAUUUGAGGAGAUCCUGACCAGACUGCGCCUGCAGAAGCGUGGCACAGGUGGUGUGGACACUGCCUCCGUGGGUGGCGUUUUCGAUAUCUCCAACGCUGACCGUCUCGGCAGCUCAGAGGUGGAGCAGGUGCAGUGCGUGGUGGAUGGCGUCAAGCUCAUGAUUGAGAUGGAGAAGAAGCUGGAGAAGGGCGAGGCCAUCGACAGCCUGAUCCCUGCCCAGAAGUAAAGAGGGAAACUUUCCUUUUUUUUCCUCCUUUUCUUUCCUUGCUUUUCUUCUUCUUCUUUUUUACAUCCAUCCAACCAUCCAUCCGUCGUGCGAUCGGGCAGCAUGAUGCUGCAUGAUGAGAGACUCUGCUUCAGUCUUGCUUCUGUCGUUUUCUCCUUUUUCUUUGUUUUUCUUUUCCUCUUUCUCUUUUUCCAGCAUUUCCCCCUCUUUUUUUUUCGUCCGCUGUUCGGUCAGUGACAUCUUGGGAUCAGAUUCCUGGCGCAGGCGGGAAAAGCCUAGCGUUUCACCUCAAUUUGAACUUUGGUUGUAAAAAGUCAAUCAAACUGUGAUUCAAUAAAAGUGUACCCCAUGAAAUACACA